AUGGAAAAUGUCGGUAGAUUAUCUGCUGAACAAGUCAUGAGAGUAGCAGAAGAAAGGUUCAUUCAUUUCUCUUCCCAAAACUGUGCUGAUGAUCAUGUUUUCAGCAUUGCUGCUCCAUCUGGUCUCUCCUGCCAAGAAACCAAAGAUGUCGAACUUGCAUGUCUUCUUUUAGCUUCUGCCGAGAAGAGGAUUGAUAGAGAAACAGGGAGAAUUGCAGCAUUAAAAGGAGGCUUAAAAAGUGAUGCAUCUCAUCAUGAAGAGAAGGUGUAUGGAGAUCCCACUCUCAUCUCAUGUUACCUUCACCUUCCCUUCAGCCAAGUUACUCAGUUUGCAGGAAUCCAAGCAAUUGUAGAAAGUGUGGCUUCUGUGAAAAGGGUUCACUACAUUGACCUUGCAAUCAGAAAUGGCGUGCAGAGCAUAGUGUUGAUGCAAGCUCUUGCAACUCGCCAGGAAUUCCCAGCUGAGAUUCUUAAAAUAACCGCUGUAGGAACAACAACAUCGAGACAGAAGAUUGAGGAGACAGGUAAAAGGCUCGCAUGUUUUGCUAAGACUUUAAACUUGCCAUUUUCAUUCAGAACAGUUGUGGUGAGAGACAUCAAAGAUCUCAACAAAGGCAUGUUUGAAAUUGAGACAAAGGCUGAUGAACUUGUUGCUGUCAAUUCCCCGUUUCUGCUAAACAAUAUGAUAACGAAGCCCAGCUGCUUGGAAUCACUGAUUAAAGUGCUUAGAGAUCUCGACCCAUGUGUCAUGAGCUAUGCUAAUAGGAUGGCAUUGGAGGCAACAUACUCGAGUGAGGAGAUAGUAAACAUUGUUGCAGCAGAGGGGGAGGAUAGAGUUUUCAGGCGCAUGAAGAUUGAUGCUUGGAGGCCAUUUUUUGCUAAAUUUGGUUAUGGUGGAACAAGAGCUUAG